UCCGCCAUUUUCUCUGUUUUCACACUUUACAACCAGAGCCGAAUUUCCCAACGUGAAAUUCCCUCCAAUUUUUGACCACCAAUACAGCCAAUACAACUAAUAUUCCGGGGACGCUGAUAGGUGUAACAUAUCCACAAUCUGUAAUAACGCAAUAACGCAAUACCGCCAUUUCGCGCCCUGAAACAGGUAAAUCCGUCGAAGAAGCUACCUAGCUAUUCCUAUUUCAUUCUCAUUACGAAUUAUUAACACUCACGCUCACGCUUACACCCAACACCCACACUCAUGUCCUGGUUCAGGUUCUGGGAGAAUGGAUCUGGAAGACAUGAGCGUGCAGAUGGUGGCCGCGGAUACAGCAGCUGAGGUCGCGGCAGACGUUGCUGCCGUCGACCCUACGAACAGACAUCCCAAGAAGUCAAGCCAGACGUGUAUUCCGUGUAGGGUGCGGAAAGUUCGUUGCGACGGCCGUCGCGAUGUUUGCCAGAAUUGCGAGCGAUUGGGGUUCACAUGCUCGUUUCAAGAUGCCGCCUCGCCCAGCCAGGAUUCCGAGGGUCUGACAAAUUUCACCCUUCCACGAAGACGUGUUAGACUAGCUUGUGCCAACUGUCAUUCCAGGAAAGCUAGAUGUAGUGGUGAAACCCCGAAAUGCGCAAGAUGUCAAGCCCAAGGAAUCGAGUGCGUUUAUAAACCGACGAAACGAUCUGGAGGCGUCAGCGGUGUCUCCCAGCAAUCUCACCAGGGCGCUACUGAUUCUGAGAUUGAGUCUGUCUCAUCCGAACCACCUGAGAAGCGAGUAAUGACGAGUAAAGAUACUCAUGGCUCUCAUCAUGGUCCACAAGGAUCCGAUAGGAAUAGUUUCGAACCGAAUGGGGUCUCGACAUGCCCAGCACCCAGCAAUGAACCGUUUGUGUUUCCGGAUGAAGGUAUCAUACAGCGGACAUUUAGUAAUUUCUUUCGUCAAAUUCAUCACGUCCCUAUUUUUUCGUUUCUUCAUCGCGCUUCGCUCAUGCAACGAUAUCAUGCUGGCAUGAUGGAUAAGGCGCUGCUUCUUGCUUUAGUCGGCAUUACUUCACUAAUGAUAGACCUGGGCCCCGGCACUCGGGAAUAUGGGACUAGAUGCAUUGACGAAUGCCAGAAAAUGGUACUCGAAGAUCUCGAAAAUCCUUCAACUAUUAAGAUACAGGCACUUGUCCUCGUUAUGAAACACCGCAUGAUGUCGCGGAAAUUUACCACCGCCUUUAUGUUGGCUGCCACGGCUACUCGUUUUGCCUAUGCUCUCCGCCUGAAUUAUGAGAAUCCGAAUUUAUGUUUUUUAGCACGAGAAUCACGAAGAAGGUUGAUGUGGGCGCUUAUGACUAUCGACUCUGGUAUUAACGGCGGGUGUUCGGAUUUUACGUUGAUGCCGUCUGAAUCCAUGCACAUUCAACUCCCUUGCACCGAGCGUAACUUCGAAUUUGAUUUACCACAAGUAACCGAAUAUCUCCGCCCGGUUCCAACGCGGCCUUUCCCUGAUGACGUCGGUUCGCUAGCAUUGCAUGUACGACUCCUAUGGAUGAGAAGCAGAGUCCUGUAUUGCACCAAAAACGUGUUAGGCAUGCCAGAGUCUGAACUGGCCCAAUUACCAGAACUGGUUAAGGUACUAUCAGAUGAAUUGGCCGGGUUCAACGAUCAUUUACCAGCCUCUUUCAAGUUCUCUGAAAGCAACCUCCAAUUACGAGCGUAUUCCCCACGACUAUGCGUUUAUAUCAUGAUACACGUUUGGUGGCGACAGUGCUAUUGUGAUCUCUACCGAAUGUUCCUUGUAGGACUAAAAGAAGCAUUGCCGCAGUCUGGGCUGAAUCGACUAGAUCCUCAAUUCGUGUCAUAUUGUGUUCGUCAAUGUUAUGAGCACGCUUUGGCUAUGGCGGAUAUUUUCAAACUAGUCUUGUCGCUCGACGGAGGUCUGCCGGUUACCGAUCUCGAUCUACCCAGUUGUGCUUAUCAAUGCGCCCGGAUCAUCUACUUUGUGCACCAAACAAAUCAAAUGGAAAUUGGCUUGACAUCAAACCAGGUGCAUGAACUUGGUACAAGAUGCCUAACGAUUGCCAAGUCAAUGGAUCACGUCCCGGCUGGGGCCGCUAUUGUUGCCGAUCUCGAAAAACUAAUUGCUCGCGGCUUUGCUACGAAUGCCGUGCCAAAUCAACCAGGGAGCCCAAGUACUAACGCUCCCAACCUCAUAUCACAACACGUUUUGCCGCGCCAUACCCCGAUUCAACAAAUGCAAGUUGUGGAUGAAAGCGGAUUUACCAGCAUUCCUAUAAUUUCUCCCUCAGCUCACAUGCCCUCGCCGCAAGGUAGUUCGAUUUCGACCCCAAUGCAACACUCAACUCCCCAUCCGUCACAGCAGCAUACCCGCACAUCUCUGCUACCUGAGACGCCAAUCGGGGAUUUUAGCAUGUCGAAGUCAAAUUUGCCACCGGUGAUACCACCAGAUGGAGUAGACAAUAAUAACGCUUUUGAGGGUGCGAUGGAUGGUUUCGAGUUCAACCUCGAAUCGUCCGGAAAUACCGGUCUUGAGUCGGCAUCGUGGCUUUCAAGCGAAUGGCUCAAUAACGAAUACUCGCAAACAACCGUUUGAGCUUUUCAAACAGGUUGGUAUACCUGCUAAUUUGAUAACGGUAACUGUGCUACCAAUCUUACUGACUUGGCUUGGCACUUUAAUGGCUACUACCACUUUGAAUUAGCCAAAGAGCUAAUACGAGAACACUACAAGAUUCUCCAAGAAACUCGGCAUCAUUAUGCCAAUACUCUGUGGAGAUACCAAGCCCAUUCCGAAUAAAAAGCCUACUUCACAAAUACUACGAUCAGGAUUAUUGACGCAGGCUAUUCUG